CCUGGAGUUUCCUUCUGAUGAGUCGUCCCUGUUUUGUGACAGCUCCACGCCCAUCUCCAGACUCCAGGGCCAAAUCACUUGGCUCCGCCCACAGGUCAGACGCAGUCCAGGGGCGCAAGACGACUGUCAAUGUCCUACCCUGAGAUCUGCCAAUCACCGGUUUUAUUUCCUCACAACAUCCAUCUGAGUCAUGCCAAGCAAGGCUUGUUGGGAGAUUGUUGGUUUCUGUGUGCAUGCUCGGUGCUGCUCAAGAACAAACAUCUUCUGGACAGGGUAUUUCCUCGGCACCAGCCCUUGUGGAGCGACAGCAACUACAGAGGCUCUUUUUACUUUCACUUUUGGGAGAUGGGACACUGGACAGAGGUGACCAUCGAUGACCGCCUGCCUUGUGUCGAUUCGGCUCUCUGCUUCUCCCACUGCCACGCCCCCUCUGCCUUCUGGGUGGCUCUGCUGGAAAAAGCAUAUGCCAAACAUCGCGGCUCAUACGAGCGACUGUGGGCCGGGCAGGUGUCUGAGGCCUUGGUGGACUUAACCGGAGGUCUUGCAGAGUGUUGGAGCUGGUCUCGCUUUGGUUCAGAGGAGGAGCAGCACACAUCAGAGAAGAACCACGACCAGACCAUGAAGAAAAGGCUGAAACUGGACCUCAUCUAUCCACUGAGAGCCACUUGUGCACUCAGUUGCUCCACUCAAAGCAUCCCAGGAGGCAACGAGCUGGGUCAGCACCAUGCCAUGGCUGUGGUAGAGUGGCUGGAUGUGAAGACGCUAGCAGGAAGCCCGGUGCGACUGUUCAGAAUCACAAACCCAUGGGGGAGGUGCUGCUGGGGCGGAGCCUGGACAGAGGGCGGUUCGGGAUGGCAUUUGCUGGAUUCAGUUGAUGCUUUGGACAUUCAAGCCAGGACGGCUCAGGGUGAAUUCUGGCUGGAUGAGACUGAAUUUUUCUCCCAGUUUGAUGAUGUCACAGUAGGCUACCCUAUCACUGAGGAAGGGCACCUGCAAAGUAUCUACACUGGAAACCUUCUGCCUCACCGCCAUCACCUGGCCGGUCGCUGGGUAAAGGGCCUCUCAUCCGGUGGAAGUCGCAACAGCAGCAUCUACGGCACUAACCCAAAGUUCUGGCUCAAGAUGUGCGAAAAAGGCGAGGUUAUCGUAUCUCUGCUGCAGCACGGGAAGCCAAGACACUUUGCAAACACGGAAGACGACGUGAGGCGCCAGCAGUGCCAAGCCAUUGCGUUACACAUGUGGAAGGUGGAGAAGAAACGUUUGAAUCUGAGCCAUACUUUGAACAAAGCGCCAUGUGCUUCUACUCACUGCCACGCCCACCAGAGGGAGGUGCUGCUCCACGGGCUACUGGAGCCCGGACACUACCUUGUGAUCCCCAGCACCUACCGACCAGGAGCGGAGGCCCGCUUCCUCAUCAGGGUCUUCUCCUCCUCUACCUCAUCCGUCAGUGCCCUGAAGAACCCGGCACCUCUCCUGCCAUCAAUUACAAACGGAGAGUGGGAGACCAAUCACUUCCGGGGCUCGUGGGUGGAGGGAAGGUCCGCCGGCGGAAGCAGGAACUUCCCAUCCCACAUCCACAAUCCUCACUUCCCAUUUACCGUUUGCGACGAGCCGAUUUUGCCGGGCCUCAACGUGAAGGUGAACCUGCGCCAGAACCGUGCCGACGCUGAUCUGCUCCCCAUCGGCUUUCAUAUUUAUAAGAUACCAGCCGGGGAGCAAAAUCAUUCCAUCCCCAGUGAGGACCCCAUCGCCAGUUGUGUUCCCCACUGCUACACUCAGGAUGUCAGCUUGUCCUGCGCUCUUCCACGUGGAGCUUAUCUCAUCGUGCCAUCCACAUACCAGCCGAACUGCGCCGCAGACUUCACCAUCAGCCUUGCAAGGAGAAUCCACAGGAGAGUUAUGAAAAGCCAGGAGAAGCUGGGAAGAGCCAUUCAGGAGGUGUCUCACAUCGCUGUGAUGCAAAGCUAGCCGUCUUUGCCGCUUCACUGACGUCGGUCGGAUGAUGAAAGGACUCCCCCCCCCUGCCCUCCCCACAGAAACUUGUGUGUGUGUGUGUUGCACAUGACUUAGUGAGAAUGUGUGAGUUGUGGGAUGGGAGCUUCCCUUCAUCCCCAAAAGCUGAAUCUCUGGACCGAUGGGCAGCAAGGCACUCAUUGGCCAUUAGGACAUCAGAGGUUGUCGGUGGGCUGGGCUGCUAAUGAACUAUGACGGGACUGGCUGGUGUAAACAAACAGCCGCCAUUGAAAAAGCCGCCACUGCUGUUGCUCAUUCAGUCAGUGAUGCGCCCGCCGGACCUGAACAAAGGCUCCUCUCAUGAAGGUCCUCACAGAAGCGCUGCGGGCAAGGGGUGAGGGGUUGCUCUGCCACCACUGAGCCAACCAAACUGCACCGCCACAUAACCGUGCCAUACCAAGCCAGGGUUGUCUACCAAUCCACCUCCACGAAAGCAAUGAAAUGCUUUCCGGACGUUCACACUGUCAGCAACAUCCAUACAGCAGGAUGUGAUGUCUGAAGCCAUCCACAACCUCCAGCUCCCUUUUCCGUCCCCCCUCGGACCACCGCUCUGACCCAAACAGAGCCCCCCGAAGUGGCGGCGAGAGCAGAUGACGAGCAGCGAGAUGUGAGGGAUGAAACAAGAGCUGCGGCACAUCAGAGGAGGUCGGCCCGUGUGAUGAGGGUGCCAAUUGGUUUUGUGUUGAGGCUGUGCGCCUUUGGCAGCCGGUUUGCCUCUUGCUCAUCCACCAUAUCUGUCCUUUUGAUGAUUGACUGACUGGGAGACAGUGCCAAGUUAAAGAAUAAAAGGAGAGUUGUGUUGUA